UAUAUAUAUAUAUAUAUAUAUAUAUAUAUAUAUAUAUAUACACACACACACUUUAGAUGAGAUAAAGUGGUUAAAAGUUACACAACAGUUACUGUGAGGCACUUAUGGGGGAAAAAAAUGAUGAAACCUUUUCCAUGGUCAGUGGACGAGCAUUGAGUCACCUGCAAGAGCAAACGCACCUGAGACUAACACACCUGAGACCAUGGGUGCCCAAUAGGUCGAUCGUGACUGAGGCAGUUCUGGUAGAUCGCCUGCCAUUGUAAAAAUUCAAUCGCUUGCGCGGUCGACCACGGGAGCUGAUAGAAAACUAAUCACCAUGACUUGGUCGGUUUAAAAGUAGCUUGCGAGCCGUAAAAGUGUGAGCACCCCUGCCUUAGAAUAACACACCUGCAGAUAACGUCUGAGAUGAACGCACCUGAUGAAAGGCACGCGGAGACGUGCAGAAGAUAACCCAGGUUACAUAACGCUUGUGAUCCUUCCUGUUGUAACUGCCAGAGGAGGUCCUUAUAUGGUCGUUCAGGUGUGACUGCAGGUUUACAGCCUGACCGACAUAACAGACAGAACUUUACCCCCUCGGUGUAAAGAGCAAGAACGGAGAAAGAAGCAGAAAAUGGAAAAGGGAGGACUGAUGGAUCACAGGAGGGACACCAACAGGGCCGUGCUGGUCUCUGUGGAGCAGUUUGAUCCAGGCGUGGUUCUGAGAAGGAGACCCGGAGCCAGCAAGGACGCCAAGAAACUUCACCGCACCCUCAGCCAGCUGGGCUUCAAGGUGGAGAUCCACAGCGACCUGAGCGCGGAGGAGAUCUACCAGCUGUUCCUCCAAGAGAGUAUGCGGCCUGUGAAGAACUGCUUUCUGGCGGUUUUGUCCUCCCAUGGAGACCAAGGCUGCAUCUUUGGAGCAGACGGGAAAGCUGUCAAACUGUCUCGUAUCUUCUCAUAUUUUGACAAUGAAUGUAUGAAGAAAAAGGCCAAAGUGUUCCUCAUCCAGGCGUGUCGGGGAACUGGUCUGGAUGAUGGUGUCGAGGUGGAUUCAGCUAAUGACACCAGAGAGUGUAGCGUGUCCCAGUACCUCUCUGUUCCCAUGGACACAGCUGUGAUGUACGCAACACCGCCAGGAUACGGAGCCUUUAUGCACCCUCUAGGGUCGGUCUUCCUCCAGACAUUCUGCACUUUACUAAGACAGGGCGACAACCGCAACCUGGAGCUAACCCGCCUGAUGACCCGCCUCUCCCACAUGGUGGCCUACAGCUUCCAGGCCAGAGGUGGUGCACUGGGGGGGAAGAAGGAGAUGCCUUGCUUCCUGACCCGACUGACCAGAGAAGUGUUCCCCUUCGCUGAGCCGGGUGUGGACCCAUCUGCAAUGUCCCCGUGUCAACGUGGACUCCUGAGUUAGACUGCUAGGAGCUGAUGGAACGAUGAGAUAUGCUGCACAUGUUGUGCAGAUGUCAGAUAUUUAUAUAAAUACAUACUAUUUAUAUGUACCUGUGUUUAUGAAAAGAAUUGUCAUUGUCAUUUAAUAAACACUCAAAAAGACA